UUGUAAACGGUCAGAUACCCGUAUGUUCUCGUAGCUUUGUGUCCGGUAGCAACAUGUCGGUGAGGAGAGAGCCCAGUGGAGGAACUGCAUUGAGCGAGAACGGCACGCCGGAGACAUAAACAGCACGCUAAGCAGCCAGGUCGAAGGGUGGCAGUUCAGAGAAUCAGCCGCGGUUACUUUAUUUUCACAGCGGUGGGGCCUGUUGGAGGCUAAUGGACGGAUAAGGACUGACAGCCGGUGAUUAGAGGACUUGCAGAGGCAGGUGGUCGGGCUGGUUGGAGAGAGAAAGAAAGGAACAGCGUGUUCGGCCUCUAAUCAGGACAGAGAUUCUCCUUGCUGGGGGAUGUUAUCUGUAUUGUCUUAUGGCAGACUGGUAGCCAGGGCUGUCCUGGGCGGACUCUCUCAGACAGACGGUCGGGACUACAGCCUGAUCACCGCCAGUUAUGGCUUUGGUAAAGACUUUCGUAAAGGGAUCCUGAAGAAAGGGAUGUGCUACGGUGAUGACGCCUGCUUCAUAGCGAGACACAGGACCGCCGAUGUUUUGGGUGUCGCUGAUGGCGUAGGUGGUUGGCGUGAUUACGGUGUUGACCCGUCUCAAUUCUCUGCCACCUUGAUGAGAACGUGCGAGCGAUUGGUGAAGGAGGGACGCUUCACUCCCUCUAACCCAGUGGGGAUCCUCACCUCUGGCUAUUAUGAGCUGCUACAGAACAAGGUCCCCCUGCUGGGAAGCAGUACAGCCUGCAUUGUUGUUCUGGAUCGACGGAGUCACCAGCUUCACACGUGUAACCUUGGAGACUCGGGCUUCCUUGUGGUGCGUGGAGGAGAGGUGGUCCAUCGUUCAGAUGAGCAGCAGCACUAUUUUAACACGCCUUUCCAGCUGUCCAUCGCUCCCCCGGGAGCAGAGGGAGUUGUACUCAGUGACAGUCCUGAAGCAGCCGACAGCUCAUCUUUCGAUGUGCAGCUCGGUGACAUCAUCUUGACAGCCACAGACGGCCUCUUUGACAACAUGCCAGACUACAUGAUUCUUCAGGAGUUAAAAAAACUCAAGACUUCAAACUACGACAGUGUACUGCAGACUGCACAAAGUAUCGCUAAGCAAGCUCACGACCUUGCUUACGAUCCAAAUUAUAUGUCUCCUUUUGCACAGUUUGCCUGUGACAAUGGUCUGAAUGUAAGAGGAGGAAAACCAGAUGAUAUAACGGUGCUGUUGUCCAUAGUGGCUGAGUAUACAGACUGAACAUGUGCUACUCUGGGAUUGAUCCUUCUUUGCCGCCUGCCUGAGUCUUCCACCUGCAGCCCUCCCAUCAUGCCCUCCAGGCUGACGGGUGGGGGGGAGGCCCACCCACACGACUCGCACUCCUUACAGCGUGGCCGAACUCCACGUUUGCUUCUUUUUCUUUUCUUCCGCUGUUUUAAUUUGGUGCUUGAGUUGCGUACUGGCAGCAGGCAGCUAGGGUAUAUUCAUGUUGAUCAUGAUGCAGCAGAAGCUGAGAUCACUCCCCGUGUCUCACACGUUGUCAUCGGACAAACUGUAGGGGACUGAAGGGGGUUGUUUUUCUUAACAGCGGCCCUUAUGCUUCAAAAAAUGUGACAUUAUUAAGGAGUAAGCCAUGUAUUCGGAUAUAUUGUGAGAAGGUAAUUGAACCUCCCUGUCAAUCUUUUAUUACAUUGUAAUUUUGCUCCCAUGUUCUGUUAAAGUAAGCACAUAUAUUACCUUGAGGAUGCUUGUGUGGGAAAUGAGUGUUGUUGAGUACGAUUUGGGAGUUGCUUUUUGAUGCCUCGGGGUUGGGAAUGUCCGAGAAACCUGUGAAAGCGAAAGUGUAACGCUUGUUAAAAUGUUGCGGUAAGGUUAAGCUGGUGUUGUCACUUAGCCGAGGGAGCUGCUGAUGCGCACAUCCUGGUGGGUUGUAAAUAUUUUGUUUUGUUGUUUUUUAGAAUUAUAUUUUUGUUGUCAGUUGAAUGAUAAACUUGUGGUAACUCAUGUAGGAUACAAAGUCAUUCAUGAACACAUUUCUUUGCCUACGUGAUAAUCUUGUAUUUAACUUAAUCACUUCCACACUUGCUGAAACGAACAAAAUAUUUGCAAGGAUUAUCAGUACGGCAAGCAGUUUGUGUAUUUCUUCUAAUACGCUUGAGAGCAAUCUUAAUUUGCUCACACUGGGUUAAUUUACAGCAGUAGUUCAGGAAAAUGUAAUACUAUUAACUAUUUUUGCCAGCUGGUGGCAAAAUCUGUCGUACUGUUAAGACGGGAAACUUAAAAAAACAGCCAAAUGCUGAACUAGCAACGCAAAAGAAAUAAUUAGUAGACCUAAUGCUGCAUAUCGAUGAUAUUUUGACAUAUACAGAAACGGCUUGUCGUGUCUUUUCAUCUGCUGAGUGGUUGGAGUGAUGUUAAAAUGCGAGUGUAGUAUGUAUGUGUGAGAAGUCUUGAAUGUUGAUAUUUAUCUCAUAGCACCUGGGUAUGCUUGUAGUUGCAAUGAUGGGUCAGGAGUAAAAAAAAAAUUAUUUUUUAGCAUUAUUUUGUCUGAAAAAUAUUUAAAACAUACAAAUACAUGUUUCAACAUGUUUGCUGUUUUUUUGUUUGGUCUAAUUUUGUCAUUUGUCUUAAGUACAUUUUUAGCUCAUAUCUACAUUUACAUACAUGCAAUUGGCUUCAUCAUUGAGUCAAAUCACUACUCAAAAGCAGUAAAACACUCAAUACUUUUCUUAUAAUAAUAGGAUGGGAUAUUUUACUCUCGUCUCACUCUGCAGUUUUCACAUUAAUGCAACACAGGACACAUGCAUGGGAAUAAAUGCAUACACUGGACUUAUAAAAACAAAACGGAUUGCACUCUCCAUUCAAGUUUCUCCUUUAGUAUAAAGCCUCAUCCAAACUCCUCGACAGAAUCUUUAGUGGUCAGUUUUAAAGCAUGUGCACCAAAGACCCACUUUCUUCAUGUAUAUUAUCAUUGCUUUGUUCAAAAAGCAAUACUGUAAGUUAUCCAUGCGCAGCGAGCAGCGGCGUUGGUAGUGACGUUUAGUGUGUUACCGUUGUCUUCGCAUUCGUCGCAGGCUUUAGGUUGGCGUGUUUUGAAGUGACCGGAUAGCUGUAAGCACAACACAAGCAACCAAAAAAGGAAAGCCAUUUUGCCCGAUAAGACGCACUGUAAGAACCAGGGAUCAUAAUAUUGGUACUCUGCCGGUACAGUUCCAGCUGAUUCUUUUGUGUGCUAUGCAUUAAACUUUAUUCAGAUUGUGCUAUUUGUUAAGGGGAGCAGUUGAACAAUUAAAAAUGUUUGUGUCAUGCAUGAUCAAAUUUCAUCAUCUGGAUCUAACCGAUCCUCUUUUGUCAAGACAAAACAGGUUAUCUGAAUAUCGCUUUCCUGCUGCCUGCCCGGUCCGUUUUGUAUUUCUUCUGCUGCCAGCACCAUUUUACUCUUUUCACAUAAAGAAGGGUGAGCACAGUUUCAGCCUUAAAAGCCAGACCUAUAAAUCAAGAGGCCUUUCCUGUCAUUGCGAGCUUGUAUUGUGUCUGCCGGUGUCUUUUUUCCCCCCGGUGUUUGAUGUAAAUGAAGUGUUCCCGCCCUCCCCUCCUGCCUCUCGUCUUUAUCUCGUGUUAAGCCGUUCUCAAGGUGCUUCUGCAGUCUGAUGGUAUGAUUGUCUUCUUUCUAGCCUGAGUGUGACCGAUACGCCUAGAGGUCUACAGUGUAAUAUUGCAGGUCUAAUUUAUGUAAAUACUGGUAUGUUUUAAAAUAUGUACAAUAUUUAAAUAAAGAAUCUAGUAUUUAUACUAAAA